ACCUACCUGGCGGUUUUUGUUAUAGACAGCUGGCUAGCCUCACCAUGGCCGUGUUUAGUUCUACCCAGGUUGGCAUGUUGAUUGUGCUUACAGCGAUUGCCGUUCUAUACCAAGUUGAGUUAGACUACGAUCCUCUUAUUGUUCAAGAGAAAGCUGUUGUAGCACGAUCACCAGAAGAUGUUUUCAAAUUUAUGUCAGAUGUAUUCAACUACCCGGAGUGGACGGGCAUCAUCAAGCGGAUAGUACCACUUGACGACUCGUCUCUUGGCGUCGGUAAGACAUUCCACAUGCACAUGUCAGUCCCUAUAGGGCUCAAACGAUACCACACCGUCGUGCAGUCGUACAAACCGGGCAGCCUUCUUGCGUUGACCAUUGACAUGGAGUUUCUUCAUCCUACCGUUGUCAUCGAGGUCAAUGAAGAUGAACGACCUGGAAUGUCAAAGGUCACGAUGAGAGUGUAUUCCAGUCGAAGGAGCUACUUAUUCAGGGGUACCCUUUUGCCGAUCUCAAAAUUUGUGAUAACCGGUCACCUCCAGGGGGCGCUGUUUCAUAUGAAGCUGUUGAUGCAGCAAUGAUGACGACAAUCACUUUCAACGUAGCCUUGGUUCGAUUAUUUGUAGUUCAGAUCGUGUUUUUGUUAUUUUCUUUCCCAAUAGUGAAAUUGGAUUCUGAAAUGGAGCUAUCAAAGUAUCCCAAGCUUAUCAAGUGUUCACAAUAUGCCUUGAAAUAUUUAAAAAAAAAAAAAAAAAAUCAUGUUUCAGAUUUUAAAAAUAUGUUUUUGCUGUUAGAGUGCUCCAUGGUUAGACCUAUUUCAGAUUACAAAGUGGAAGCCAGAGGAGCGCCUCUGUCUUCUGGACACCCUGUUCUCAAUUUGGACUCCAUGUUUUAUCUGUCAUUUUAAAGUAGUGUAAGGGAAGCAUUUUGACACCCAGUUUUUUUAAAUUCCAUGCAAGUUUGAGCACCCUUUUUACGAAACCCUAGCUUGUACCUUGGUUCACACAAUGCCUUGAACUAUUGAAAUAUAAAAACACGUCUCUAGAUAUUAUGCUAUAAAAUCAAGAAAGAUUUUAAAUUGUUUCUUUUGAACAGAAAGUGUCUUUGACGGAUCGAUAGUUACAGAAUGACUUUUACCUUCGAACAAACGUGAAUGCUCAAUUCUGAUUGGUUGAUCCAUGGCAACAAGAGUGCGAAAUUCACCUGUAUUGCAUGGCUCAUAUCACACCCUGUUUCUAAUCUGCUUGUCAGCAUUGCGCUUAUUUAACACCAGCAGUAGGCUUGUAGGUCAGGAUCACUGGCCUUUGGGUAGUGUGUUCAGGGUGAAUGUUUAUAUUUUAACUACUGAAAAGAGUCACAGUGAAACCUGCGAGUAGAAUUGAGAGAUGUUGAUUAGUGGGAAAUUCACGAAUAUUUGGUUUGGAUGACACCAGAGUAUAUCUACUUGCCAGGUUAAGUUCUUUAAAGGACUGUCUUUUUUGUUAUUUAUUUUUUUUAUGCAA